GGUGUUUAGUAUUGGAAUUAUUGUUGGCCCGGCUUGAGCAAACGUAGCUGCGAUUAAAGGCAGAUACAUAGCAGACAGCGGCGCGGACACCGACACUAUACAUAGUAAGGCUGCAGCGGCGGGGCUGCAACCCGCGAACCAAAACAAACGCACACGUUGUCCAUAAUUCAGUUUCUUGUUUUUGUUUUCACCACGCACUUCAAAUAUUGUUAUUUAUCAUCAUCGAUCAGCGUUUUCAAAAUGACAGGACGGAGGAUUGUAGUAAUGGCAAGACACGGGGAAAGUGAAUGGUCCAAAAAUAACGUGUUUUGUGGUUGGUACGAUUCGUUAUUAUCUGACCGAGGAGUGAAUGAAGCUCGCGAGUGUGGUAGUUUAUUAAAAGAAUUUGAUUACAAAUUUGACCGAGUCUACACAUCACUUCUCACCAGAGCUCAUCAAACCCUUAAGAUUAUCACUGAUCACAUAGAACAGCCUGAUAUACUUGUUGAGGAAUCAUGGAGACUUAACGAACGGCAUUAUGGUGCUUUAACUGGUUACAAUAAGGCUGAAUUAGCUGAAAAAUAUGGAGAAAAACAGGUUCAAGUAUGGAGACGUAGUUUUGAUGUACUGCCACCCCCAAUGGAACCAAAUCACAAGUAUUACAAAGCAAUCUGGUGUAAUCCUAAAAUAGUUACAGCAUCGUAUUCCUUAAACGAGAAAUUCCCCUCUACAGAAUCUCUAAAAGAGACAAUGGAGAGGGUAAUACCUUAUUGGGACAAUGUUAUUGCCCCUAAUGUACGUAGAGGACAAAGGGUUUUGAUUGUUGCUCAUGGUACGGUAUUACGAAGUCUUGUUAAAUAUUUGGAUGGGAUAUCAAAUUAUGAUAUAUGCUCAAUUAACAUUCCAUCAGGUAUUCCUUUUGUUUAUGAGUUUGAUGAAAACAUGAAAGUGAUGUCAUCGAAAAGAUUUCUUGGUGACAAAAAAAGAGUUGAAGAAGGAAUUGCCAGGGCUGCAUCAAUUGGUACUACUAUGCCACGAUAAGCAGUCAAUCUGUUAUACAUUUGGACUUAACUAUAAAUUAUUAUACAUUUAAAAUAUGACUAUUGUUUGUGUA